AUGUUUAGCAAUGUUUGGCACACAUUCUCCACACGCUUCUACCAGUUCACAGAAAGAAACUCCUUUUCCUUGGGAAGGUCACAGGAUGCUGAUGAUGAAUGUACCACGUGGCCUCCUAGAUGGCCAGAGCCGAGUCAGGGAAAGCCUGGCCUUCUGCUCAUCACAUAUGGCCACCUACCUGCCCCAGAGAACCCGCGGAGAGGCUACGCUCUGUCCCCUGCGCUGUCCCCCUGCGCUCCGCCCUUCUGCGCUCCGCCCCCUGCGCUCCGCCCCCUGCGCUCCGCCCCCUGCGCUGUCCCCCUGCGCCCGCCCCCUGCGCUCCGCCCCCUGCGCUCCGCCCCCUGCGCUGUACCCCUGCGCUCCGCCCCCUGCGCUCCGCCCCCUGCGCUGUCCCCCUGCGCUCCGCCCCCCGCGCUGCCCCCCUGCGCUCCGCCCCCUGCGCUGCCCCCCUGCGCUCCGCCCCCUGCGCUGUCCCCCUGCGCUCCGCCCCCUGCGCUCCGCCCCCUGCGCUCCGCCCCCCUGCGCUCCGCCCCCUGCGCUCCGCCCCCUGCGCUGUCCCCCUGCGCUCCGCCCCCUGCGCUCCGCCCCCUGCGCUCCGCCCCCUGCGCUCCGCCCCCCUGCGCUCCGCCCCCUGCGCUCCGCCCCCUGCGCUGUCCCCCUGCGCUCCGCCCCCUGCGCUCCGCCCCCUGCGCUCCGCCCCCUGCGCUCCACCCCCCGCGCUCCGCCCCCUGCGCUCCGCCCCCUGCGCUGUCCCCCUGCGCUCCGCCCCCUGCGCUCCGCCCCCUGCGCUCCACCCCCCUGCGCUGCCCCCCAGCGCUCCGCCCCCUGCGCUCCACCCCCCUGCGCUCCGCCCCCUGCGCUCCGCACCCUGCGCUGUCCCCCUGCGCUCCGCCCCCUGCGCUCCGCCCCCUGCGCUGUCCCCCUGCAGCCCGCCCCCUGCGCUCCGCCCCCUGCGCUCCGCCCCCCUGCGCUCCGCCCCCUGCGCUCCGCCCCCCGCGCUGCCCCCCUGCACUCCGCCCCCCGCGCUGCCCCCCUGCACUCCGCCCUCUGCGCUGCCCCCCUGCGCUCCACCGCUCUGCGCUCCGCCACCCUGCGCUCCACCCUCCCUGCGCUCCGCCCCCUGCGCUCCGCCCCCUGCGCUCCGCCCCCCUGCGCUCCGCCUCCUGCGCUCUGCCCCCUGCGCUCCACCCCCUGCGCUCCGCCCCCCUGCGCUCCGCCCCCUGCGCUCCGCCCCCUGCGCUCCGCCCCCCCUGCGCUGCCCCCCUGCGCUCCGCCCCCCUGCGCUCCGCCCCCUGCGCUCCGCCCCCCCUGCGCUGCCCCCCUGCGCUCCGCCCCCCCUGCGCUGCCCCCCUGCGCUCCGCCCCCCCUGCGCUCCGCCCCCUGCGCUCCGCCCCCCCUGCGCUGCCCCCCUGCGCUCCGCCCCCUGCGCUCCGCCCCCUGCGCUCCGCCCCCCUGCGCUCCGCCCCCUGCGCUCCGCCCCCCCUGCGCUGCCCCCCUGCGCUCCGCCCCCUGCGCUCCGCCCCCUGCGCUCUGCCCCCCUGCGCUCCGCCUCCUGCGCUCCUCCCCCUGCGCUCCCCCCCCUGCGCUCCGCCCCCCUGCGUUCCACCCCCCUGCGCUCCGCCCCCUGCGCUCCGCCCCCCUGCGCUCCGCCCCCCCUGCGCUCCGCCGCUCUGCGCUCCGCCCCCCUGCGCUCCGCCCCCCGCGCUCCGCCCCCCUGCGCUCCGCCCCCUGCGCUCCGCCCCCCUGCGCUCCGCCCCCUGCGCUCCGCCCCCUGCGCUCCGCCGCUCUGCGCUCCGCCCCCCUGCGCUCCGCCUCCUGCGCUCCGCCCCCUGCGCUCCCCCCCCUGCGCUCCGCCCCCCUGCGUUCCACCCCCCUGCGCUCCGCCCCCUGCGCUCCGCCCCCCUGCGCUCCGCCCCCCCUGCGCUCCGCCCCCUGCGCUCCGCCCCCCUGCGCUCCGCCCCCCCUGCGCUCCGCCGCUCUGCGCUCCGCCCCCCUGCGCUCCGCCCCCCGCGCUCCGCCCCCCUGCGCUCCGCCCCCUGCGCUCCGCCCCCCGCGCUGCCCCCCUGCACUCCCCCCCUGCGCUCCGCCCCCCUGCGUUCCACCCCCCUGCGCUCCCGCCCCCUGCGCUCCGCCCCCCUGCGCUCCGCCCCCCCUGCGCUCCGCCGCUCUGCGCUCCGCCCCCCUGCGCUCCGCCCCCUGCGCUCCGCCCCCCUGCGCUCCGCCCCCCGCGCUCCGCCCCCCGCGCUCCGCCCCCCCCUGCGCUCCGCCCCCCUGCGCUCCCUGUCGAAACUACAGGAAUCCCAGUCAUGGAUGCCAUCCAAGUCUGUGAUACCCUUGGACAAGCCCUACACCGACUUCCUGGCCAGCCAGCUCCCCUGUUCCUCAACACCAAUCUCCUUCCUGGGCACGAUAAUUGAAUUUGACAUUUUGAAAUUGGCUUUGGAAACACCUGAUUACUCGGUGCUCACAGUUACGCUGGGACCAGGUGUACUGAUCCGAGUCUUAAAGGUUCUCAUGUGUGGAGGCUUGCCGCGCUGA